AUGGUUCGAGUAUUAGUUCUGACGGCUUUGUUGUUCGGCCAAAUUGCGGCGACCAAAUUCAGCGAAAGCCAAAAACAAGCCAUCCUGGAUGCCCACAACAGCCGGCGGCGAACUUUGGCCAAUGGAGAGGCUGAAGCGAAGAAUGGCACCAUGGCCAAGGGAGCUAAUAUUCGAGAAAUUGUAGGAAUUUCAAAAAAACAAAAAUUUCUUCUACAGACUUUUAACUCCCUAAUCCAAGGAAUUUUUACUUGUAGACCUGGGACGCUGACCUUGAAGCCAAAGCCGACGAAUGGGCUCAAGCUUGCAAUUUUGAGCACCCAACUAAUGGCGGAUAUGGCCAGAAUUUGGCCGCUCAAAUGCCUCAUGUUGGUGUGGAUAGCGCCGUCAAUGGCUCCGCUCAAAUGUGGUGGGAUGAGAUCAAGGAUUAUUCGGGGGACGCCAAGUUUGAAUGGAGCACAAGCACCGGACAUUUCACACAGGUAGCAGAGUUUCUACGGCGUAGAAGGAUUACUUUGGGGAAGAGUUUUAUAUAGUGAAAUACGAAAUUUUCCUUGGCCUCUGUUUUCCUCUCAUAAUUUCCCUUUUAGAUGGCCUGGGCCGAAACCGACAAGAUUGGCUGUGCCAUUCAGAACUGCACCAACGGUGACACCCAAGGCUUCGGGGAAUGGAAGGACUGGACUUUCACCGUCUGCGACUACAUGAACCCUGGAAACAUGAUGGGAGCUGACCUUUACAUUACUGGAGAACCCUGCUCCAAAUGCAGCAGCCAAGGAUCUUGCAGUGACAGUUUGUGCAGUGCCUGA